GAGCAACAGAGGGCACUGGAAGUACCCUCCUGUUUGUAUUCUAUUGCGAACUGAUGAGCCUGAUGAGCGAGGAAACUUUGCCAGGCGAGAAAGAAAGCAGAUCUGUGUUUUUCGCAGAAAACGCCAUCAGAGAGAAUAAGAAAGGGAUGUCGAACUCCCGUUCAGCCACGGCCACGGCUGUAGCAGUGCUAGGACUGCUUAUUGCGGUAGCUGCACUUGUGAUGGUGGUGAUUGCGUAUGCUAGACCAAAGAUCAUCAGCCCCAAAAUGGCUGCAAUGGAUAUGGAUAUGAUGGCCCAAAAAGUUAAAACCAAUAUGGAGACCGAAAUGUCGGAAAUGGUAGAGCAAAUACACGAAUACAUGGUGAAACAGAAGGAGGAGAGUAAGGAAAUGAGGAUGCGAGAUGAAAAAAAGAGAAUGGCAAUGAUGGAAGGGCACUACACAUUUGCUUACAACGUCGACUGGAAACCUCAAUACUAUAUUGAUCAAAAUGGUUUUCUGAAAGGUCAAGGUCUGGACAUGAUGAAGGAAAUUUGUAAAAUGGAGAACAAGAAUUGCACCCAUGUGGUCAACUACGAUGGCGGUCCUUGUUGGAACAGCAUGAGACGAAAUGCUCCUGGUCUGCAGGGCAGGUGGUUUGACGGAUGUGUUGGCUUUAUAAAGACUGUGGAACGAUCUAACGUGUUUGCCAUUGUUGGCAGCAUGUACGAACCCGUCAAGGGAGCCUUCUUCACCAAGGUCGGGGCAACGGUGGACAUAGGAACAGCCAGAAUCGGUUUCGACAGUUCGUACUAUACCAGCCCCGCUUGUCUGACAAGAAAUGGAGUGGCUUUUGAUGCUUCAGCGCACGUUUUGGCCGAAACCUACGACGCACUGGAAACUCAUCUCAAUAAUGACUCGAUCGACGCCAUCUUUGCUCCAGAGAACCAAUUCCCAAACCUACAAAAGAUGGCCACGACCUACGACUGCGCCAUUGGGAAGGGCGGCGUGAUGGUGAGAAAGGACAUGGCGCCCAGGAUGAUGUGGAUCCAUCGUGGACUUGAAAAGAUGAAAAGAUCCGGAAAAUUCCGCGAGCAAUGCGAAAACGCUCUCAGAGAUCAUGGAGCUCCCAGUAUUUGCGUUUCUGCUUAAUUACGUUGUUAAGACCGGG